GCGUGACUGUGGCAGGCAGCAGGGUGCUUUCUGAGAGGAGUAUCACACUCAGCUCAGCUCUGUGCACUAAACUCUCCGUCCAGCUGAACGGAUGGUGACCUUACAGAGAUGGCAAAUACGGGAGUGUGUUGUGCCAGCCUGGAGGACCCAAGGGCCCUGAUGAAGAUGGGCCUAAGCAUGGUCCUCAUUGGUCAUGUGAACUUCCUGUUGGGAGCGCUGGUGCACGGUGUGGUGCUCAGACACAUCAACCUCCACAAGCAGGCCCGAGCCAUGGAGUACGCCAUCUCAAAUGUAGUUGCUCUUACCGCUGGGCUUGUGGGAAUCAUUGUCGGCAUUCUGGCUAUCGUCCUGUCUAAAAACAAGAGAAACAGAGGCCUGACAUGGUCCCUGUUCACAGUCAGCCUGGCUGCAGCUCUCAUGGCGGCAGCAGCAGCCAUUGGACUCUUUGUGUCUGUGGUGAGGGCCAUCAUUCACGGUGGGCGGAGCCUCCUGACUCACUGCCGCUUCCCUGAUGCCAUUGGCUACUCCAGUAUCACCAACGAGUGUCCUUUUGACCCCACACGCAUCUAUAGUACCACUCUGAUCCUGUGGGUGCCUCUGAUCGUCACUUGUGUCAUCCAGAUGGUGUUUUCCGCCCGGUGCUUUGCUGUCUGCGCUUCAUUCCUGGGCCUGCCUCGAUGCAAGAGGAGAAAUAAAAGAGACUACAGCAGAGCGGUCAAUGUAGUGAGGCCGAUGGAAGAAGCUCCUCUCUCUCACUACACUGAGCCUCCAAGAAGCUAUGAUCAGCCUCUAAUACGCUAUAGUGAAUCUCCAAGGCGGAGUACUGAACCUCCAAGAAGCUACGAUGAACCUCUAACAUGCUAUACUGAACCUCUGACCCGCUAUACUGAACCUCCAAGAAGCUACGAUAAACCUCAGAGCAGCUACAAUGAACCUCUAACACGCUAUACUGAACCUCCGAGGCGGACUUCUGCACCUCCAAGACAGAAGCACAGACCCCCUCAGCAUCGCCCUCCUCAGCAUCGCCCCCCUCAGCGUCAGAGUCUUCCCCCCUCAGAAAGGAGGCCUCCUCGCCAGUUGCACACCCCACCUGAGCAGCACCAGCUCCUGGAGAGGGGCACUCUGGAAAGGUCCAGCUUCUGGAUUUAGCCGUGAUAUUUUGGACCCUCUUUCAGACCAAACGCUCCUGUGGUUCUGGCUGCAGCUGCUGGAUUCAAACACCAUGUCUCAGCCCUUAUUGAAGUGAACUCAAAGCUGGAGGUGUUUUACUGAGCGGUGCAGUGAACCUGGGGGACCGUCUGAAUGUCUUUUUAGAGGUGCAGUGUGUUUGCACAGUGUACAGGAUCCCUGUUAUGUGAGUGUGUGUUGUGUUUUUGCUUGUGUGAGGAUCAAGUUCUUCUCAUCAUUCACUCAACCUCCAGAGUGAGGACAUGAUGCCAAUCCUUGUUCUUCCAGGAUUUUAGUCAUAGUUAGAGUAAAUGUUGGACAGUUUGGGGGAUUAGUUUACUUCUUUGCCAACAUGGUGACAGGAGGAUGUGUCCCUCUCUGAAGUCUGUGUGUCAGACAGAGCUGGAGUGUCCCUCUUAUCUUACUGCAGUUUCCUUUUUAACAGAACAAGGUGCUUCUAAAUGUGAUUAAUGAUGCCCCGUUAUGCAGGGAUUUCAUGCUGGACGUCUCCUAGAAGAGUUACAGAAAGUCCUCUCUCAUGAAACCAUGACUCAUCAUUUUCACAAUUCAGGUAAUGCAUGUUUUUCCCUUCUUCGAGGAGUAGAUUAAAACAGGCUAGGCUAGCAGAUCCUCCUGUCCUCUGUCCAUCCUGAGCCCCGGUUUAAGCUCAUGUUUAAACCAGAGACCAGAGUGGCCUGGAUAGCCUUGUUAAACUCCUGGCAGAUCCCCAUAUUGUUGAACCUGUACUUUAAUUUUUAGUUUUAAAGAUAUAAUGUAGACAAAAACAAAUCAGUAAAGAUCCUCCGAUAAGUAAAGCAGCACAGUUUACAGAAUAAAUGAAGGUGUGACUUUAUUCCUGUUUUUGUAGAGGCUUGAUCCUCUGGCUUGUGGAGCCUGUCUGACUUCAACAAGCGAGUGUGUUCACAUUCUUUGUUGGCCAGGCAAAGAGAGGAUGAGGAACUCGUCCUGCGGGCUUUUGUAUUUAUUUUAAAUAAAGAUUUCAGUCAUUA